UCAUUGAGGAUGUAAUGUAAAGCGACGCUGCGUGGCGCCUCCCCGCGAGGUAACGGAGACAUCCCGAGUGCACCUUGAGGUGACACGAAAAUGUGAUCCGGGAUCGGACGUAAACAUGACAACAUCGAGUGCAAAGAGGACAAGGAGGGGCAGGAGGGUGACCACCAUAACAAACCACGGAGCUCAACAUUUCCCGGGCGCCAAAAAACAGAAGGAAAAAAACGAUAUCAGCGGCACUUACCUGACUGUUAGUAUGCGAACAUUAGAUCGCUGUUAUUUCAGGCGCAUCCUGUGACGAGUCGCGGAACAUUCCGUGGAUUUGGAGGGAGAUGAAGCUGCACAUCAGAGCGUCAUGUUAUCGGUGCGUUCUUCUUUUUGCAGCGCUUGUUUAUGACGUCAUGCACUUCCAGCGACGGACUUCUUCUUUUCGGAUCUGUUUAAUUUGGCGAAGAACGAUCGUAGCCCAUUUCUGUUUCCGCGUUCUGCAUGUUCCACCCCCGUGUCUGCGUUUUCACGGCAGAGAACGCACAGCAUGCAGCCAUGUUUACCGUAAUACUCGCAGACGACGCGCCGUUCUGAUGUAUGGAGCAGUUACACAGUGGAACAUACUAUCAGCUGCUUUUGGCUCUGAUGCUUUUAUUUCUACUUAAUAACUAUACACGCAAAACAACACCGUCAAGUCCAGUCAGAGCUGGAUUCAAUUUUUCCUAAACCAUAAAGCACCAACCCCUUUAUGCAUGACAGUCAGUGAUGAUGGUUAUUGUCCAUAAAAGUCAUAAACCAAAGUCAAACUGCGCCUGUGUGUGAUAUAAAUCUGGACAGGUGUCAGUGGAAACAGUGAUCACAGUCCACGUGUUGUAAAAUGUGUUUGUCCACCUGAUGCACUUGAUGAUUAGCACAAUGAACAUUUUGGAGCACAACUUUUGAUGCUUAAGUUUAACUUGGGUUCAGCUGAACAAUUAUUCAUUCAUUAUUUGUUAACAAUUAAGUAAGAAAAAACAGGGUCAAAUCUGUUCAGACAGAAAUCCAACAAAUGUUUUGAUUGAGGAAAACAAAAGAAAUAAAUAUCAAUUGUUUUCUUGGACAGUAAACAUGAAAGACGUGGGGAUAAACCUACCAAAAACAUUUAUUGUACACAUCUUUAGGUAUGAAAAAUGUGUUUUCAUGAAGUGUUUUUGUUUGCAGGCUGAAGUUUGUGCGAGGAAUGAAGCCUGUCUUUGUGCGAAGCUCUUUAAUUAGAAGAGGGAGGAGGGCUUUAAUGAGAAGAGCUCAUUAGAGAGGCGCACUGACGUGACACACUUUUGAAAGGAAACUGAUCAUUUUCAAAAUGACUACUGUUAUUUCCAUGGCAACACAAGCAUCUAUCCAGACAAUAGGGCAAUUCAGAAACAGUGGAAUUCUGACAUAGAAAUCGGUGGCCAAGAUGGCAGCCAGCCAUUCAGCGCGGUCCAAUGAUGGAGUCGGCCACAGGGACUCCGGGUCUCCCACCCGCGCACAGGACUCAACACACUGGUGUGAGCAGACGCGACUGGGAAACAGUCCUCCGUCCCUGUUUCGUCCUGGGAGGGAGAUGUGUGUGUCAUUGCCAGGGCGUCACUUGUAUUUGUUAAUCAUUCAUAUUUACGGCGGCUUCACGAUAGUCACCAGGAGGGGCACAAGUCAAAGGUCUCAGCCAGACAUCGUCAGCAGAGAAGCUGCUGUGAUUCUCCCCAGACAUGGAGCGAGUCAUAGGAUACCUCAUCUUGCUGGGCUUCAUCCGGCUAAGUGACUCUGUAAACACAGAUCCAGUUGUCGAAGCAUUCGUUGAACGUGUGUGUGAAGACACCCCCGUUGGCGCAUACGCUUUCACCAUUAAAGCAACAGACCCUGAUGGUGACCCAAUGACAUUUUCACUCGGUGGGCCCGAUGCCAUCUAUUUCUCUGUCGAAGCAAACACUGGAAGAGUCUCAGUAGCAAGACCAUUAGACAGAGAGAGUUACAACCUGCUCGAACUCCAGGUGACCGUUACUGAUGGGAUUUCUAUUGAUCCACCAACGGUAACAGGCGCCAUCAUAUUGUCCGACGCCAACGACAACAAGCCGAUAUUUGUGAAUUCUACAUAUGACGUCCCCGUGCCUGAAAAUGAACCUGUAAACUCAGUGCUGAUCAGAGUGCAGGCCACCGAUGAAGACACUUCUACUGCUGGUGUCGUGAGAUAUUACCUUGAUGAGGUCACUCCGGUACAUGGCUCUUCUCUGUUCGAAAUCUCACCCACAACUGGAGACCUGAAAUUGGUCAAACCUCUAAAUUACACGGGACUGAGCACUUUCUAUCGGCUGAAGAUCAGAGCAACGGACAGUGGAGGGAAAUGUUUUAGCCCCGAGACGAUAUCCCUCUCCAGCUUUGUGUUUUCUUUCAUUUCCGUUGAGGACGUCCCCGAUCUUAACCCUCAGUUCUUUGGCCUGCCGUAUGUCGCCAGAGUGUAUGAGAGCUCUCCAAUGGGUCUCUCCGUGUUUCAAGUGAGCGCCGUCGACAUGGACACUGGAGUGAACGAUGACAUCAUCUACAGCAUAGAAGAUUCAGAUGGACUCUUUUCAAUUUCAAGUGAUGAUGGCAAUAUAACUGUCGCAUCUGAAAUCGACAGAGAAACCGUUGGUUCCACAGUAAUUCUGAUGAUAAAGGCAACAGAGUCUCGACCAAACAUCAACGGACAGCCGGCCACUGCCACCGCCAGUGUGCGCAUUGACAUCCUCGACAUCAAUGACAACACGCCAGAGUUCUACACGUGCACAGAUGAGACCUCCUGUAUCAAAGAAAGCAACUUCACCGCUGAGAUCUUGGAGCAGUCCCUCGGCUCUGUUCCCAUCAACAUGAAAGUCAUAGAUCUGGAUGAGGUAAAAAGAAUCCAACUCACCUUGGAGGGAGCCGACAAGGAUUUCUUCUCCGUGGAGCCACAGCUGACCACCGCAGACUCGGUGGUCCAACUUCUCAUCAAGCAGCCGGUGGAUUAUGAGCAAAAGCAACAUGUUGUUCUUCAGGUAAUAGCCAAAGAUCUGGAUGAAAGCAGUUUCCAGUCGACUGCAACAGUGACCAUCAGCAUCAAGGACAUCAACGACAACAACCCUCGAUUCCCCCAAGAUACCUACAGGUUGAACGUGGCUGAGCACACAGCUGAAGGGACGACAAUCGCCACCAUAACUGCAACGGAUCCUGACACGAUGGAUGCAGGCAAGCUGGUCUACUCUCUCCUCCCAGAGAGCAUACUGCGGUAUUUCGAUGUGAUGCCAAGUUCAGGGGUAGUUUACGUGAAAAACCAAACUCUGCUGGAUCGAGAGGUGCGAUCGCUGUACUCGGCAACUUUGCAAGCCAGAGACACCGACGGGAAGCUCGGCACCACAACCCUUGACAUCACUCUGACGGACAUCAACGACCAGUCGCCGGUCUUCAACAGAGACUCCUACCUGGUCUUUGUUGAGGAGGGACAACCGUUCGAGCUGAAGAUCGAGGCAACAGACGCAGAUGAAGCGGAGACUGUAAACACACAGAUCGUCUACGCCAUCGUGCCGAGCACCUACAGUUCCUACUUCACCAUCAACCCCAACACCGGCGUGCUGAAGAACGCCGGCCUGCUUGACCUGGAGGCUCUGGACCCCUCACUAAAUGGGAAGAUAGACAUCAGUGUCAGUGCCACAGACAGGGGUUCCCCACCAAGGACCUCAGCGGUGCCCGUGGAAAUCAACCUGCAGGAUGUUAACGACAAUUCACCGAUAUUUGGGAAUCACUCAUACCAGUUCUCAGUCAAAGAAGGACAGAAAGGGGCAUCUGUGGGUUCAGUCUACGCCGAGGAUUUGGACCAAACGUUGGACUUCAAUCGCAUCUCCUUCAGCAUCAUCGACGGAAGCUUCGGCAACUUUAUUAUCCGCACGUCACCAGAAGGCCGAGGCUACAUGGGAAACAUCCAGAUAGAUCCAGAUGUGGAGCUGGAUUAUGAGAGCGAGCGGAAAACCUUCAAUCUCCUGGUGGAGGCCACAGACCUGGGCCACAAAACGUCCACAGUGAGAGUGAAGGUGGAGGUCCUGGACGUAAACGACGAGAGGCCAAAGUUCCUGGCUGCUGGCCCUCUGACAGUGAGCGAGAACGCCACCAUCAACCAGACGGUCGGGAGAUUCCGCGCGCAGGAUCAGGACGGAAGCAGCUCGCUGAUCUACCAGAGCAUCUCCACCAAAUGCAGAUGCCACGACGUUCUCUCCGACUGUGACUGGUUCAUGGUGGAAACAUCAGGAGAAGUGAAAGUCAAGGAGCGGCUGGACUACGAGCAGUGUGAUCAGGUGCUGAUGGAGGCCCAGGUGGUGGAUGUCAACACUGAGAAGGGGGCGAACAACAGCGUGGAAGCAGGCGAAAUGGUGAUAAACAUCCAAGACAUCAACGACAACACCCCAGAAUUUAUCGCCUCAGACACGGCGUCUGUUGUGGUGUCAGAAACGGCGAGCAAGGGCACGUCAGUCGCAGGAGUCACGGCCGUCGACGGUGACUCAGGAGUGAACCGACAGAUUGAGUUUAAAGUCACAAAAGUUCAAUUUCACCACGCAAACAACGACAUCUCUGACAUGAGGAUGCUGUUCGAGGCUGUCACCACGCAGCAGAUGGGCAACUAUGUCGGCAUCAUUCAGACCACCGAGGGUCUGGACGUGACGCUGAAAGGAAAGUAUCUGGUCACAGUCACGGCCACGGACACUGGAGGCCUUUCCAACAGCACCGCUCUGCAGAUUUUCACCAUUGACAAGUCCUACAGCAUUGAACUGCAGUUCUCAUCCACACAAGCUGAGGUGGAGGCCGACCUGCCCAACAUUCUCAGAGCGUUAACCGCGGCCACCAAAGCUGCAGUGGAGGUUGUGUCCAUCAAACUUCCAGAGGAAGAAAACAGGGCCACCGCCGUGGGCUGCGUGAUGGUGUCGUACUUCGUCUACUCGAACGGGACAGCGCUCACCUCUGAGGAGGUGGAGCGGAUGCUCUCACACCCGGACCACUUCCCAGUCCUCAGCCAGCUGGGACUGUUGUACAUCGGCGGCCCAUUGGGGAUCACUACAGAGCCCCCCACGGUCCAGUACAUCCUGCUGGGAGUGGUCGGCGGCCUUAUCAUCGUGCUGAUUGUCCUCCUCACUUCGCUCAUGUGCACGCGCAGGAACUACAGACGCAAACUGAAGGCAGCCAAGGCCAUGAAGUCGGCAUCCAUGGUUGCUAAUGGCAACGAGAAGAGCGGAGCUGUGGUGCCUGGAACCAACAAGUACACCAAGGAAGGGGCGAAUCCUGUCCUCAACCUCAACAUCGACACAACCUUGGUUCUGGGAAUCGACGAGGAGAGCUCGGAUGUCGACAAAGUCAGCCUGAACUCUGUGGACUUGAACUACGACAUGGACGUGCAGGAGAAAGACACCAAACCCAAGCGGAUGAUGGAAGAUGAAGACGGGAAACCAGCGGCGUAUAUCGAGCCUCUCAGCGCAGCGUUGGCCGAGCGUGGGGAGAAGAAGAACAGUCACCCGGCCUACAGCAACCCAGCGUUCAGCACCACUGACCUGUGACCUCAGACGGACUCUCAGGAGGGCUGAAUGCACUGUUAUAAUAUUUAAAGUUUUAGAAACACGGUGAAGGAAUGAUUCUUUUAUUUCACUUAACAAUUCAAAUAAAGAAUUCUGCCAUCAUUUUAAUGCUCAAACUAAGUAUGGGUUUAAAAAUACUCUCUUUGUAGUGAACAUAUUGCUGAACAAAGAAAAUUAUUUUUGUAUUCGCUGACAAAAAAAUUACAUUUUGUCAUAGUCCAUCUUCCUAUUUAAUAUCCAUGGAUAACUGUUGACAUCAUAAGUAUCAAUAAAACUGUCUUU